CUGGCCCCGCAUACCAGAGCGUGAUGCAACGCCCGUGACAGAAGGUCAUUUACAGAAGGUUCGUUUACACGCUUGUUUCAGGCACAGAUUGUUACGGGUCAAACCGGACCGGGCAUGAUGUUAUGCAUUGUAUAGCUUCCAGUUAUCCAUCGGUGCAUUUGGAAUAUGCUCUUCUGUGCUUGAUGAUUGGUUCUUCAUGUAUGUCGCGGGAUUUACGAGUCUCGACACCGAGAGAGGACACUCAACUCAGGGGAGGGAGUCCAACAACUGGCAGCCGCUGCACGUGUUGCUUGUGCAAUGGGACUCACGGUGUUCUUCAAUCCGUGGAAGAUGAACGCAGACGUCGAUGGGACGCGCUUAUUUCGAGAUGGCCCGCGGAGGCAGCCGAGCGGCCCAGAAACAAAGGUGUCGAUAUAAUCUUUGUUGCUGGCUGUGUGUACACAAUCUUCAGCAAAGGGGUCUUUCCGGGUGGCUCGUCCAAUGAGUGCGGAGCAUGGUUUGGCGCUCAACUCACUGGCAGUUACACGCUGGAGAAUAUUCCCGAGAUCGUACCUGAGAAGUCAACAAAACGAAAAGAGAUUUUACGGUCUUUCGCUGCAACGAUCCGCACUGAACUCGCCGGACCAUUGACAUACUCAGCCGGAACAUUGACAUACUCAGCCGGAACAUGGGAGCCCGUCCAUCCAGCUUCGGUGAUUCGAGCAACAACUACAUUUCAGAACCGAAAAUAUCAGCCAUGACCAACAGACACAUAUUGACAUGGCGGAAAUGGUCUAUGUUGUGGAACUAGCGACAAAAAUGGCCUGAAGUAAUUCAUCCAGCUACACUUGCAAUUUACUCAGCUGUCUAUAGAGUUGAUUUUGCAGUAACUGGAUUUGGAUAUCCUUGCCUGUCGUCAAAUCUCUCUCGAA